AUGGUUGAUGAAGUUCAACCUUGUGUUGGCCUUGGUAAUGAUUCUUUGACUGAUAGUCGUGCCGAUUCAUCUUGUUGUGACGAUUCUUCUCGUGCUGAGAAUAGUAAUUGUUUUCGUGUAAGUUGUGGGGGAGAUUCCAGACUGCCUGAUGAGUUUGAGGAGAGACCUGCUAAUAUUUCUCGCCGAUCAAAGAUUCCAAAUGUGCGACUAGUUAACCGUUCUCUUAAAUCUUUGGCUAGGUUAAGAUUGCAGUCCUCUCGAUCUUGUGAUUGUGCUUGGAGAGCCAGAGUUGCAGUAUUACGAGCAGAUUCCGCUAUUGCUAAUGUGGAGAGGUGCAAAGCCCUACUUGAUGUACUUGUACAUGUGAUGGAAGGAGGUGCGAGGGAAACAGCUAUGGAAUUGUCCCGAGUUGUCGCUAUAGGUGCGUCGGUGUCGACUGAAUCCGUUAAAGAGGCUCGAAUGGCACUAGAAAUAUCUGAGACACAGAGAAGCUAUAUUGAACGUGUAGUGGGUUAUGGUGAGGCAGCAGUGGAUGCCGCUCUCUCUGAUAAUAAGAGUGCUGGAGAUUUGGUGGCUGGAUCUGAGCUGUUGGCGCAAUUUGUUGAUAUCGCAGUUCAGGCUUGUAAAAAUGCCGCUGUUCGUGCGGAAAGUGCCGCAAAAAAAGCCGAGAAGGCAAAGAAUGAAGCAGAAAUGGCGCAGUUAAAAGCAGUAAAGCAAUUGGCACGGAAUUCCAGAGGGAUAGAUGAGAGAUUGGUAACCCGUUUUGUACUCAAUCCCUCAAAAGAAUCCUUUGAAAAGUAUGAGAAAGUUAAAGAAUUGAUGGUUGAAGGCUCUUCAGUAUUAAGCAAACAGGUGCAGGUACCUCUAUUGACAAUUCUUCUUGUUUUUGCCUUAAGCUUAGUCAUUUGA